UUUUGUUCGAGUCCGGGGUCCAGCCCACGGUUGGGGUAAGAAUCCGUGCGGGCUGCAGGAUCACUGAGGGCGGCCACACUGAGCAGUCCCGGCCUUUCUCUCCUCUUCCCCCUCCCGCUCCACACGGGGGACCCGGGCACUUUCCUGCUUGAAAUCAAGGCAAACCCAGUGAGUGCGGGAAGCCCUCAGCAGGAUACAACAAGCAGAGGAUUUGAUUAUGGGAAUCAGAAACACAACAUCAACAAAUUGAAUCUGGGGAGAGGCCACUCACCUGCUCUGAAUCUGGGAAACGAUUCACUCGAUCAUUCCAGUUGCUGAUGCACCAACAAAAUUCAUAAAGAGGCCAUGUAUUCUGCAGUGUGGGAAGGGCUUCCUUCAGUCAUCCCUCCUGCUGACACACCGGUGGCUCAAACGGAUUGGCUCAGGUAUCCAGCAUGAUGACGCACCAGCGAGUUCAUGCUGGGGAAAGGCCAUUCUCCUGCUCAGAGUGUGGGAAGGACUUUGCUCAGUCAUCCCACUUGCUGGCACACCAGCGAGUUCACACUGGGGAGAGGCCGUUCUCCUGCUCAACGUGUGGGAAAGGAUUCACUCAGUUAUCCAACCUGAGAGACCACCAGCGAGUUCACACCGGUGAGAAGCCGUACACCUGCUCCGUGUGGGAAGGGAUUCUCUCAGUCGUCUGA